AUGGGGAAAGAAAGUGAAAAUGCAAUUUGGAUUUCCCCUUGUGACACUCAGAAGGCCUUUAAGUCUCCAUUCAGUGGAUUAGGGAGUCUCAGUGAAGUUCAGAACAGAGUGCAUCUAGAACUAGACACACCCCUCUUUGCAAGAAAGUGUGUGAAGGACAAAAGGGGAUCCGCCUGUGAGCAAACAAAAAGUGUGGAAACUGAAGUGAAAUCUGAUCACGUGCCAGGAAAAAAACGUGAAGCAAGAAAACCUAGAGUAACGAUUAACCUUGACCAGCCUGAGUCAGGGCGAUUAUGUGACAACAACGUUAGUGGGUCAAAGCCUGGGGGCGCCUUUGCUAAUGGAGUAUGUACAGAGGCUGGGGGUCAGGGAGACGCCCUUGAGACUUCUGGAGAGAGCAGCCUACAGCAGCUGGACACAGAUGAAGAGGACCAGGGGACCGGAAUUAACGGAAAAGAAGGCGUUGAGUCCCUAGCGCAAACACCAUGCAGUUUCAGCUCCUCCCUGUGCUUCAGCUCCGGGGACGAGUCUCCACCGCAGUCUUGUGCAACCGCGUCUUCCGCGGCGGCGGAGGACAUACCAGCCUCCCCAUCUUCUCUCGGAGGAAGCCGGGUGGUGAAGAGUCAGUGGGAAAUUUGCAGCGCUAGUGCCACGUCCGAAGAACUUGCGCAGCAAGAGGCGGCGCCGAGGGAGCCGGGGGAGAGCCUAACGCCGCAGCCUCCGCCUGUCACUUAUUGUGUCCAGACUGGAGGCCCGCCCGGAGAAGCGCCGCCUGCGCCGCCAGGCGGCGGGCUAGCGGAGGAACCGGACUUGGUGAUCGAGGUGGCCGGACGCCGCAUCCAGGCGCACAAAACAGUACUGGCCGCCAAGAGCGAUUACUUUAGGGCGCGUUCGUCGCGGGAGAUUCUGCGCAUCAAGGGUGUGAGUUACGUGGCGCUGCGGCUGCUGGUGGACUAUCUGUACACUGGGCGCAUGGGGGAUGUGCGGCAGGACAACGUCGCCGAGGUGGUAGCUGGCGCUCGCUUCCUGCAGAUGCCCUGCGCCGUGCAGUGCGCCAUGGACGCCAUGAGGACGCAGAUCACUCUUGCCAACUGCUACCAGGUACUGUGCCUGGCCAAGCAGCAGCGGCUUGGUGAACUCAGGGAGGCCGCCUAUCGCUUCAUGAGUGACCACUACCUCGAAGUGCUGCGCGAGCCGGCCGUCUAUGGCCGCCUGACCGGCGCGGAGAGAGACCUCAUUCUGCAACGCAGACUGCAGAGCGGCCGCGGCUGCCUCCUGGCGGCGGAAAUCAACGACGUCUUCGAGCGUGUGGGCAGUCGGCCGCAGAGCCGGGAGAAGGACGAGGAUGGCCACAGCGACUCUGUCAUCUACUACUACCAGGAAGCGGACAAAGAGUGGCGGAUCCUGACUCGGCUUCCCGAGGGCGCCAACGCCAAGGGCUGUGCCAUGUGCGUGCUCUACAACUACCUCUUUCUGGCAGGGGGCAUCCUGCAGGGGGGGCCCGAGGGGCGCGCCCGCCUCUCAGACAAGGUGUUCUGCUACAAUCCGGUGACUGACAGCUGGAGCACAGUGCGACCCCUGGGCCAGCCUCGCUCGCAGCUCAAACUGCUGGCCCUGGACGGCUAUUUAUAUGCUGUAGGCGGCGAGUGUUUGUUCAGCGUCGAGCGCUAUGACCCGCGCACCGACCGCUGGACUUCCGUGGCCCCACUGCCCAAGGGCGCCUUCGCUGUAGCCCACGAAGCUACCACCUGCAACGGGGAGAUUUACGUGUCUGGGGGAUCGCUCUUCUACCGUCUGCUCAAAUACGAUCCCCGGCGCGACGAGUGGCAGGAGUGCCCGUGUAGUAGUAGCCGCAAGCGGUCAGCCGACAUGGUGGCCCUCAAGGGCUUCAUCUAUCGCUUCGAUCUUUGCGGGGGCCGCGGCGAUCUCCAGGCGGUGGCCGCUACGAGCGGAGGGGUCAAUGUCUUUCGCUAUCACUGCCUGGCCAAGCAGUGGAGUCAAUGUGCCUCGAACCUGCGGCCUCCGGGUGGACUCUCGGGCCUACAGCCUUUCCGGUGCGCGGCCUUAGAAGGCACCAUCUACUGUGUGAACCGUGCGGGCACUUGGCGCUUUGUCCUCUCCCAGGAUGGAGAGCCUGGAGACGAUGGAGGCCAGAAGGGCAACUUCGAGCUGGAAUUGCUCAAAGCCCCGUUCGAUGCCCGAGGCGUGCUUUUCCCAUUUGUGCUCACCUUGCCUGAAAAGCUGGACAAAGGGGAACAGGGGACUGCAUAG